AUGACGAUCGCGUUUAUCAGAUACGACAUGCCGGAGAACCCCGUCGCCUGGGAGCCCACGGACCAGUUGAUGAUGUUCCACCAGUCCCUGAACGGGGUGACUCCUCACCUCUCCUCUCGCCCUCCCUGCCCACUCUCGCCCUCUCGCUGCCGCCAGGCGGAUCCCUGCUGCCCAGCUGCCUGCAUCGGUCAAAUGCGAGUUGGACGCCCCAAGCACCUGUGCGCACUGCCCGCCCCAAGCACCUUUGCGCACUGCCCGCCCCAAGCACCUGUGCGCACUGCCCGCCCCAAGCACCUGUGCGCACUGCCCGCCCCAAGCACCUGUGCGCACUGCCCGCCCCAAGCACCUGUGCGCACUGCCCGCCCCAAGCACCUGUGCGCACUGCCCGCCCCAAGCACCUGCGAGGACGACGCUGACCCCUGUGACAACUUCAACUGCGAUGCCGAGGACGAGUGGCGGCAGUGCAUUGUGAGGAACAACGAACCAGAGUGCGAAUGCAAGGCGGGGUACACUGAGAUCAAUGGCGACUGCACUGGUGAGCUGAAGGAGGCAGCGCGUGAGGUGCCUCGACGGAGCUUGACCGGCGGUGGGAGCGCAACAGAUGGCUCGACCGGUGGUGGGAGCGCAACAGAUGGCUCGACCGGUGGUGGGAGCGCAACAGAUGGCUCGAUCGGUGGUGGGAGCGCAACAGGUGGCUCGACCGGUGGUGGGAGCGCAACAGGUGGCUCGACCGGUGGUGGGAGCGCAACAGACACGAGCGCCCCAGUCGCUGACCCCUGUGGUGGAGCGUGCGAGGGCAAUAGGGAGUGCGUGGAAGGGGUGUGCAAGUGCAAGGCGGGGUACACUGAGUUCAGUGGCGCCUGCACUGUUGCUGACCCCUGUGGUGGAAGAGUGUGCGAGGGCAACCGGCAGUGCGUGCCAAGGAACGGGCAAGGGGUGUGCGAGUGCCGUGGCGGGUACACUGAGAUGGACGGCGUGUGCAGUGCCGUGUGCAGCCCAGCAUGCUCCCUCUACGCCUCCUGCCAGGUGGACAAUGGCACGGCGGGGUGCAAGUGCGAUGCUGGCUACACCAUGCUGGGGAACGGCGAGUGCACUCCCGCAUGCAGCCCGCCAUGCUCUGGGGAGACCACCUGCCAGGUGGAUAAUGGGAUUGGCGUGUGCAGGUGCAGCGCGGGGUACACCUUGCUGAGCAACGGCCAGUGCAAGGCAUGUUCUCAUGUCUCAACAUUCAGUCUCUCCCUCUCCCUCGUCUCCUCUGCCGGUUACUCGCCCCUCUGA